GGGGGAGGGAGGAGGGGGGGGAAAAAAAGAGCUGGUGCCAGCUGACUGGUGGGCUGGACGGGGGCUUCAAUGCAGCUGCAGCUGCUCAUUCAGAUGCUGAGCACCAGCGGAGGACCAGCGGAGCACCAGCGGAGCACCAGCCGGGAAGCCCCACCACCAGCCCCGCUUCCCCGCCGCCAGCGCCUCUCCCUCCCGCUCCACAGCCCCGCUCCGGCCCGGGGACUCCCCCCCCACACCGCCGGCCACCAGUUAGGCGGAGGGCAGUCCGGGACGCCCACCGGGCGAAUUGCGGCAGUAGAAAGCCUGAACGCUCGGAGCCCGUCGUAUGAAAUGCGUCACCCCGAUCCGGUUUCCACACGUCGGCUCUCCGCUCCCGGACCCUUCCCAGCACUGAUUGUUUCACCAGGUAACCGCAUGCGCGGCUCGGUGUCCCCGCGCUGAGCCCGGAGAGCACGAAGGGUACAGGGGUCAGGGAGACCACAGCGGCCCGAGAGGCGGCCCGGGAGGCGGCCGGACAGGCGGCCCGGAUGACGGCCGGACCCGCCGAGGCCCCGGGGCCGUCGGUGCCGGUGCACCGCUGCCGCGGGGGACUCCACGCCAGCAACGGCACCUGCGCGGAGCAGCUCAGCCUCUUCCCGCCCUUCUCCUCCGCCCUCGCGCUCCUGGUGCUGGUGGCCGUGCUCGUGGGGAUCGUCCUCGUUUCCUUGGCAACCUUCCACUUCCACAAAAGGAAGCUCCGGAACAAGAAGAUCCGGCGCGCGCAGGAGGAAUACGAGCGCGACAGUCGCAACCCCGCGCGCGCCGGGGAGCCCGCGAGGCCGUGCGUCAUCGUCCGGCCGGCGAGGCGCGAGGAGAAGCCCUCGUGCCAGAGCGGAGAGGCGGGAAAGGGGGAGGCGGAGGACCGACAGACGGCUCCUCCGGACUGUUAGCCUAGCUCAACUUCAGGGAACGAGACUGUGGAAUAAACAGGAAAAGCAAUAAGGCACAAAGAACUCCCACUCCCAUCUCCACUGCUUGUAGUUGACUUAGAAUUCGUCGGAAAAGCAGAAUAUUAGCUCUAGGUUAGUCUAAAACGACCGGUGACACACAGGCUAGCUGCGUGGACACACACUCUCCUGAUAGUCUCUAGCCAGCCGGUACCUCCUUAUGGGACUGUGUAAAGUAUUUGCCUGCUUUGACUUUUGGACCUCUUCCUCUUCCCCUGUCUUGUUUAAACCUCCAGGAUGUUUAAACUUUCAGUCCCUUCCCUGGGAUGCGACACAUAGUUGUGUUGAAUUAUUAAGAGCUGGUGACACAACUCAGACCUUAAUGGCUGGCUGAUCUUCCUUGGCAUGUCCUCUGACACACUACCAGUAGUAGUUAGACUAUAAUGGAUGUUGUGGUGCUGUUAGGCAGCGCAAAGCUGCGCAUACGCUGUAGAAGCGGCUUUAUUUGUUUGCGUAGUCUUCUUUUCCUUCAAUUAAGUGACUUAGCAUAUUUGUCCUCCGGUGUCUGGCGGACGUCUGUAGGUAGCUUUAGACGGCUUGACAGGAUGCAAGACCUUUCGCUGUAGUUAUGCACACAGACUUUCUUUUCGUUCCAAGUGUCAGAUGGUGAGUUUUAGCGAUUAUACGGUAUUUUCGGUUAUGAGUAUUUAUAAUGUAUUCUCUGACAUGUAAUAAACUGAGAAUUCUUCCAACGAAGGCUUCCGAUUGAGGCCAGUCCCUUCCUUUUUUUGGAUCACUCACAUUGUAUCAUAGUGGGCCUAUUAGAAACGAUAUGUCAUUUACUCCAUGACUUCAUUGUAAAUGUAUGAUGGCAUUACGCGAGCUGGAAUGUUUUGCAGUAACAUAAUCUUUCUGGAGUUCAUAUAAUCUGCCUUAUCAAAGGGAAAUAUGUAAUAUUGAAAAUUUAUAAAUAAAUCCAUGAUACCUACA